CGACAAAACGUGGGGUUGGUGUGCGGAGCGGGCAGAAGGGAAACACAGAGAGAGAGAGCGCGGGUUAACGAUUCCACCGGGCGCAGCGAAACGAAUGCAAUAGUAGCGGGCAAGCAGGCAGCAGCAGUCGUCGUCGUCGCCGUGUCCAAGUCGGCGUCGCCAAGGAUAAACAUGCAGCGGGUAGCGGGUUGCGGAAACGCAGGGAGGACAACGCAUUUGUUAUUGUUUUGCUGGUUUGAUUAAGUAAAGUGCUACCGUGCAACCCCGUACAGGUGUUUUUUGGUACCUGUUGGCUGCGAUAUUGAGGUGGGGGGUCACAUUCACGUGUUAAUACUGAUUUCUAAACAACAGCCUUAAAUAGUGCCUUUGUCACACUUUGCCCAUUAGCACAACACUGUGUGCCAGGGUGAUGCUAACGUAAAGUGCCUUCAGGGUUUGAAAACGGGACACACUUACCCCAUGUACGGGAAGACUAAAAGUGGGAAAAAGUCGGAACUUCACCGUUCACAUGAAACAAGCGUGAUAGUGCAGUGCCAUUGUCGUCCAGAUUAUUACACUCUGUUCAAACGCCUGCCACUACUACUACAGGCAGCCAGGGUAGCUGUGCAUUUACUCGAGCGAUAAGCGCACAUCCGCGCGCGCACCCAUCGCUGACCAACACAGAACCAUUUUCACCAUACUUUUAUGGGUGUUUGAAUUGAUGCGUGUACCCAUUCGUGCGCUUGGAUUCUUCUCUCUCUCUCUCUCUCUCUGUCAAGGAGCUUUUAAGUAAGCCAAAGUCGCAACAACAAAGAAACAAAACAAAACAAUGCUAAUCCGGUAAUGGUUUUGCUUGGCUGAAAUAAACCAAUCAUCAUCUUGUGUGUCGUGAAUUGCACAGUGUGUUCCACAAGUGUUCUCAGCGCGCUCCCUCAGAUCUGUGAUGCACACGGUCGCGCAAAAUUGGUUGCAAAUUAACAUCCCAUGCGCACUGUGCAUGUGUUAGAACAAAGCGCGGCAGCCGCGAUAUAGCUCGUGUCGUGAUCGUGUAGUGGUUUUGAGUGAAGGGCCGCGGGCGAGGGCGCGCGCGCGUGUGUGUGUCGGUGCAAGUGUGAGGACCCGCAGUGCGCACCAUGGUGGACAUAGGAAUGGUAGAGAUAGGACUGCAGGACGAGUCUCUAGUCGAUCACAUCGGUCGGCAGGUGCUGCACUGGAUCGUCGGCUACUCCACCGCCUGGUACGCAACGCUCAGCCAUUGCGAUCUGGUCGACAACUUCAAGAAGGUGGACUCGGGCGCUAAAAUACUGCUGCAAGGGCUCGGCGUCAAGACAGGCCACAACGACGACGAGGACGACGACGAGGCAGAGUACGGCGAGGAGGAGUACGACGAAGUGGUGCCGGAAGGUGGAGCGGAGGGCGAGGUUCGACGUGUCGUACGGCAGCGGCGCAGGAUACGCCGGGCGGCCGCCCGUGGCUUCGUCAAUCGAUACCAUCCGCUGGUCGAGUACGGCGAGCGAAACUUUGAGAAUUUAAUGCUGGCCGACCUGAUGGAGAACUGCGAACGAGGAAUUCCGAUUGAGAUGUUCAAUGUGUUGGCCCCGUUCCAUCAGAACAGUGCUGGUGCAGCUGGUGCCGGUGUCGCUGCCGCCGCUGCGGGUGGUCAGAACGUGCGGCUAGAGAACAUGCAGGUGACGCAACCGUGCAGCGGACCGUCCUCGCCAACAAUUGCAUCGCCCGGUGCACUCAGUUCCACCUCGUUCUGUUUGGCCAACGGUGGCGGAAUCGGGAGCGUCCUCGGCAGUGGUGGAUGCAGCGUCAUCUCCAGCACGACAGCAGCCGAUACGGCGGACCCGAACUGGCAGGCCAACAAAUCGACCGUACGCGAACGCAAUGCCGCCAUGUUCAAUAACGAUCUGAUGGCCGACAUCCGGUUCAUCGUCGGUUCCGACGAGCAAGUGCAAACGAUUCCAGCCCACAAGUAUGUACUAGCGACGGGAAGUUCCGUUUUCUACGCCAUGUUCUAUGGUGGGUUGGCCGAAAACAAGCAGGAAAUUAAGGUACCGGAUGUGGAGCCCGGUGCAUUCCUGACGCUGCUGAAGUAUCUGUACUGUGAUGAGAUUCAGCUCGAAGCGGACAACGUGCUGGCAACGCUGUACGUCGCGAAAAAGUACAUCGUACCACAUCUGGCCCGGGCGUGCGUCAACUAUCUGGAAACUAGUCUCACGGCGAAAAACGCCUGUCUGCUGCUGAGCCAGUCGCGCUUGUUCGAGGAACCGGAAUUGAUGCAGCGCUGCUGGGAAGUGAUCGAUGCGCAGGCAGAAAUGGCCAUCAAAUCGGAAGGCUUUGUCGACAUCGAUCUGAAAACGUUUGAAACGAUCCUCGCGCGAGAAACGCUCAACUGCAAGGAGAUCCAUCUGUUCGAGGCCGCUCUCAGCUGGGCCCAUGCCGCCUGUACCAAAAUGGAUAUCGAGCCGACCUCGUCCAACAAGCGACAGCUGCUCGGCCAGGCCCUGUACCUGAUCCGCAUCCCGACGAUGACGCUCGAGGAGUUUGCCAACCGGGUCGCGCAGCUCGGCAUACUGACCAACCAGGAGACAAUCGACAUAUUUCUCAACUUUACCGCCAAAAACAAGCCGAAGCUUACCUUCCCGGUGAAGGCGCGGGCCGGCUUGAAGACACAAGUGUGCCAUCGAUUUGCGUCCUGUGCGUACCGGAGCAACCAGUGGCGCUACCGGGGCCGGUGCGAUUCAAUACAGUUCUCGGUCGACAAGCGCAUCUUCAUUGUCGGCUUCGGGCUGUACGGAUCGUCAACGGGGGCGGCUGAUUACGAUGUCAAGAUUGAGCUGAAGCGGCUCGGCCGCGUGCUGGCCGAAAACAGCACCAAGUUCUUCUCGGACGGUUCGAGCAACACGUUCCAGGUGUUCUUCGAAACGCCGAUACAGAUCGAGCCGGAAUGUUUCUAUACCGCCUCGGUCGUGCUGGACGGUACCGAGCUCAGCUUCUUCGGACAGGAAGGCAUGAGCGAGGUGAGCGUCGGUACGGUCACCUUCCAGUUCCAGUGCUCGUCCGAGAGUACGAACGGGACGGGCGUGCAGGGUGGUCAGAUACCGGAACUAAUCUUUUACGGCCCAAUGGGCGUCAGCCAGCAGAGCAGCAUUAUAUCCGCCAGUGCGAGUAACAAUACGAUCAACAAUAAUCACACCGCUGCCGGGGGACAUACGGCCGGAAAGCAGCCGAGCAAUAAUUCUGGUGGAAGCAGCAGCAACAGUGUACCUUCUACAACGACGACAUCCUCCUCCUCCUCCUCCUCCUCUUCGGCGCAUGGUGGUGGUCUCUUGCUAAUGGGUGCCGGCGGCAGUUCGUCACCGUCAAACACCCACAGCAGUGACCGAUCAAAUGUAGCUCCGUUUGGAAACGGGGGCGACAAUGAUGGGGCAUCAACGGCCAGCGCUAAUGCUGCCGGAAUAGCAAAUUGGUUGCCGCCGUCGGUUGCAGGCGUGUCUGCUGGACAGCAACAGUUACUGGCAGGUACUGGCGAACCAACAGAAUGAACUACCGUCACUAGCGGCGCUUUCCGAAACGAGAACAGAGAUGUGCUUUGAAACAAAGAUAUAAUUCAUAUGUAGUGUUUGCAGCGUCUAUUCAGUCUGCUGUGCACAACAAGAUGGUGUAAAUCAUAACGUUUGUGUAGAAAUCUCAACGCACAGUAGCGAAACAAACAUUACCAAGAAAUGUCCACUGUGUUUUGCUCUAGGUGAGAUGAGCUUGGGAAAAUUAAUUACUACAUUAUUCACACUUUUCCGUAGAAACAAAAAGAAAAUUAACCUUAUGCACCCGCUUUGUAGCAGUCGCUUAACAGGGAAAUAAUUUUACUCAAAUAGCAUGUUAGUCCCUCGUCAGAGACAAAGAUCGAGGUUUGAUUCUUCUAGAGCUUUCGUCUUAGGUCUUCCAAACAUUUUUGUUAGCUUGUUUUUUUUUUGGCAUUUUUACUAUCUUUUCCCAAAAAAAAUUAGCAGAAUUUCUUAACAUUAGCAUAGAGUGAAAGCAGCAAUUUCUUUGGUAAGAUGCAAAAUGGUGACCAUUGCAUGGCCGCCCUUCGUUAUGACUGAGAUUUUUUUAAAGUUUUACCACACACACACACAAAUGCCCUCAACAAAAUCUUACACUCCACCCUUGCUUUUAAUUUCGUAACAUAUACCAAGCAGCUAUUCACGAUCACAGACAGAGUAGACUUCCCAAAAAGGGAUUUACGGUACAACGGGGUAGAAGUCAACACACAAUCAGACCAUCUUCAACCAGAAGUUGGUGAGCACAGGCGAAUGUGGGACGAGAGAACAAAGAAAACGGUUUCCUUUUUAGCAUGUAAGUGAUACAGGAAGAUAGAGCUAAAGCGUGGUAGGAACGGGAAAUAUAAGGGUCAGCAUCGUCAGCAAUAGAUAGCACACAGGCCCUGGGCGGAAGCGUACUCCAAACCCCUACUUGAUAAAGGGAAAUAGAGAUGCCCGUCUCGGGCUACCGGAUGUGCAUGGGUGGCAAAUUCCUUACAAUACCAUAGCCAAGCAACUAAAAACAUAUUUUGCGCACGAAUGUCGUUCAUCUAUAUUUAUGUUGUUAUCAUUUGGUUUUGUUGGGCACGAGGCAAAGCUUCAUCGUUCAAAGUCAGGUAUCAAAAAAUUUAGACAAAUUCGUUAAAGUUGGCAUGCUUAAGUUAAUCCCCAAGAGCAUAUGCGUUAACGUAAACAAAAUUUAAGCAUCAAAAUUUUGCUCUGUUCGUUGGUUAUUUUUUAUGUUCAAACUCGAAAUCGUUCCGUUUCCAGGGUUUGCGAAUGGUUUGCGGAAAAUUGUUCGCAGUCCAAUUCGCUGCGUUAUGCUAGUGCCCUUAACUGACAAAAGAGAGAGAGAGAGAGUGUGUGUGCGAUACUAUAGUGGGGAAAGAAUGUGAAUAUGCCAUGCCGUGAAGGCACUGUCACAGACGAUAUUAUUGAAAUGCGCGAUCUAUAUACUUAUAUAUAUAUAUAUAUUACAAAUUUGAAUCGAUUACUGAAUAAAAUAUCGUAGAUGCAAACCAG